AUGAACAACUGGUUUCAGUUCUUCAAAGAAUCAUGGCCGCCGCGCCCCGAAUUCACAGACAAGGAACUGGGCGAUCAGACAGGCAAGGUAUUCAUCAUCACCGGAACCACAAGUGGAGUGGGUAAAGCCCUGACCGGCAUACUCUACUCAAAAAAUGCGACGGUCUACACCGCGGCCAGGAACCAAGAGCGUGCCCUCGAAGUCAACGCAGAUAUCAAAACCCAGAACCCGGAGUCCACGGGAAAGCUCAUUUAUCUCAAAAUGGACCUCGAGGACCUGGGUAGCGUCAAAGCAGCAGCACAAGAGUUUCUCUCAAAAGAAAGCCGCCUCGAUGUUCUCUGGAAUAAUGCCGCAGUUCUAAUGCCGCCGGCUGGCUCGAAGACUAAACAGGGGCUGGACUUACAGCUUGGUGUCAAUUGUCUGGCACCGUUCCUGUUCACCAAGCUUUUGACGCCGACGAUGUUGGCUACGGCCAAGAUCUCUCCGCCAGGAUCAGUCAGAGUGAUGUUUGUGGGCUCGUCUGCUACAUACCUCUUUGCGCCGACAGGAGGAGUGGAAAUGCUUCGUCUGAGGGAUGCUAGCGAAAAAGAUCCAACGUAUAUGUAUGGCGUGAGCAAGGCGGCAAAUGCACUGUAUGCUCUACAUUUCGCAAAACUGCACAGAGAAGAUGGAAUCAUCGCUGUGAGCGGCAACCCCGGGAACCUGCGUUCAGAUCUGCCGCGUCAUGUUUCUAGAUGGGGACAGAUCCUCAUGCGAGCCCUGCAAUACGAUCCUGUCUAUGGCGCGUAUACCGAGCUGUUUGGCGGUCUCUCCCCAAAGAUCACACUCGAGAAAACGGGGGCAUGGCUGAUGCCUUGGGGACGCAUCGGGAAAUUGAGACCGGACAUUGAGGAGGCGGGUAAGAGCAAAGCGGACGGAGGGAGUGGGAUUGCCGAAGAGCUCUGGGCUUGGAGCGAGGAGCAUGUGAGGUACUAUGUCUAG